CCUGCCGCCGCCGCCUCCUUCCCUGCCAGCGGCAACGUCAGGCUCCGGUGCAGAGUGCCUGAUUGAAGUUCCCUGGAUAUCUACAAAACAGAUGCAGUGCAAACACAGCAGUUCCCCAAAGUUCUGUUCCUGCUGGCCCAUAAGUGGACAGUGAAGAGAAUCACGUGCACAGUUCCACAAGAGACAUUAUACCACUCUGUGCCUUUAAAUAUGGAAGCUGUAGAAAUGACAUCCUUGAAACGUGCUCAUUCGGAGGACGAUGUGGAUAAUGUGGAUGAAAUUAAAAGGCAAAAGUUCUCAGAAGAGUCUUCUAACACGAGAAACAAUUCUGAGAAAAGUGUGCCUGAACAACCUAGCAAACUUUUGCUUGAAGACAAGAAAGAUGACAUAAUCAUGAAUGAGGAAGGUGAGGAGGAAGAUGAUGAACUCGAGGGAAGUGAUGAAGAAGGGGAUUCCGAGAGCUUUGCGGAUAUGAUGAAGCAUGGACUAACAGAACUUGAUGUUGGUAUUACAAAGUUUGUCAGCUCUCACAAAGGCUUUUCUGGAAUCUUAAAAGAGAGAUACUCAGACUUUGUCGUUCAUGAAAUAGGAAAAAAUGGGUGCAUAAGCCAUUUAGAUGACUUUUCUGUUCCAGUGGAUGUUGAGGACACUUCAGAAGAAAUAUUUACAGUUUUGUCAAAUGAAGACAAGCAGCACUUAGAAGAGCUCCAACUUUUUAAGAACAAAGAAACCAGUGUUGCCAUAGAGGUUAUUGAAGACACUAAAGAAAAAAGAACUAUUAUCCACCAGGCUGUGAAGUCUUUGUUUCCUGGAUUAGAGACAAAAACUGAGGACCGGGAUGGGAAAAAAUACAUAGUUGCUUACCAUGCUGCUGGGAAGAAAGCAUUAGCAAAUCCAAGAAAACAUUCAUGGCCAAAAUCUAGGGGAAGCUACUGCCACUUUUUAUUAUACAAGGAGAACAAGGAUACGAUGGAUGCUAUUAAUGUAUUAUCCAAAUUUUUAAGAGUUAAGCCAAAUAUAUUUUCAUAUAUGGGGACCAAAGAUAAAAGAGCUAUUACAGUUCAAGAGAUUGCUGUUCUUAGAAUUACUGCACAAAGACUUGCUCAUUUGAACAAAUGUUUGAUGAAUUUUAAGUUGGGAAAUUUUAGUUACAAGAACCAUCCCCUGAAAUUGGGAGAACUGCAGGGGAACCAUUUCACAGUUGUUCUCAGAAAUAUAUCAGGAACUGAAGAUCAAGUACAGCAAGCAAUGCACUCUCUUCGGGAAAUUGGAUUUAUUAAUUAUUAUGGAAUGCAAAGAUUUGGAACCACAGCUGUUCCUACAUACCAAGUUGGAAGAGCUAUUCUACAAAACAAUUGGAAUGAAGUAAUGGAUUUAAUAUUAAAACCACGGCCUGGAGCUGAGAAAGGAUAUUUAGUUAAAUGCAGAGAAGAGUGGGCAAAGACUAAAGAUCCAGCUGCAGCCCUCAAAAAACUGCCUGUAAAAAGAUGUGUGGAAGGACAACUUCUACGUGGACUUUCAAAGUAUGGAUUGAAGAAUGUAGUCUCUGCAUUUGGCAUAAUCCCAAGGAAUAAUCGUUUGAUGUAUAUUCAUAGCUAUCAGAGUUAUAUAUGGAAUAACAUGGUUAGCAAGAGAAUAGAAGAAUAUGGACUUAAACCUAUAUCAGGAGACCUCGUACUUAAAGGAGCAACGGCUGUUCAUAUUGAAGAAGCAGAUGUUGACGAUUAUACUCUCCAUGAUAUAGUGAUGCCAUUACCUGGGUUUGAUGUUAUAUAUCCAAAACAUAAAAUCGGUGAUGCCUACAAGGAAAUGUUAGCUGCUGACAACCUUGAUAUCAACAACAUGAGACAUAAAAUUCGAGAUUAUUCAUUAUCUGGAGCAUACAGAAAAAUCAUAAUUCGACCUCAGAAUGUCAGCUGUCCUGCAGGUGAUGAAAACAUGGCGGCCAUUAAUGUUGGAAGGGAACAAUUCGUUAGAGACCCCGAUAGCUGUGACAUCCCUUAUUAUGUAGCUGAAUUUGUUGAAAGAGAAGUUGGAACUGACCUUAAUUGCCUAAGGAAACUUGGCAAACUUAUAGAGGAGCUUUCAGAAAAUAAAAAGCAAUUAGAGGAACAGGUACUUACCGUUUCAUCAGAAGUUCCCAAAAGAAUUCAGAAGGCCUUAAAGAAUGCAGAGGAUUCUAAGACGUCUCUUAAUCAGCUUCUGGAGGAAGAAACUGUUUUAUUUGGUUCAAUUAAUAGCCACCUAUUGACAGCUCAGCCAUGGAUGAAGGAUCUCGGUGUACUGAUUAGUCAAAUAGAAGAGGUUGAACGACACCUGGCUUAUCUAAAAUGGAUUUCACAAAUAGAAGAGUUAAGUGAUAAUAUUCAGCAGUAUCUCAUGACUAACAAUGUGCCAGAGGCAGCUACUACUCUGGCAGCCAUGGCAGAAUUGGAUAUUAAGCUUCAGGAGUCGUCUUGUUCUCAUCUUCUUACUUUUGUGAGAUCAACUGUCAAGUUCUGGCAUAAAAUUCUUAAGGACAAACUGUCAAGUGAUUUUGAGGAGAUAUUAACUCACCUUCACUGGCCAUUUGUUGGGCCACCCCAGACUCAGGUUUUUGGCCUUUCUGCACCGGCUAAUGCUCCAGAAACAUUCAGUAAUUUGGAGAGUCUGUUUUCUCAGCUUCUGAAACUGCAAACAUCAGAUGAAUUACUAACCAAACCAAAACAACUACCAGAAAAGUAUUCUCUACCUCCAUCACCACCUAUUAUCCUUCCAAUGCAAAUCAUGCUGAACCCUCUUCAAAAAAGAUUCAAGUAUCAUUUCACUGGGAAUAGACAAACUAAUGUUUUAAGCAAGCCUGAAUGGUACCUAACUCAGGUACUCAUGUGGACUGGAAAUCACGCUAAAUUUCUUGACGAUAAAAUCCAGCCAAUAUUGGACAAGGCAGGCUCUUCAGUCAAUGCAAGGCUUGAAUUUUCUCGUGCUCUGGUAAUGCUGAUUUUGGAGAAGUUGGCUGCUGAUAUCCCUUGCCUGUUGUAUGACGAUAAUCUCUUUUGUCAUCUUGUGGAUGAGGUACUUCUAUUUGAGAGAGAUCUAUAUACUGUUCAUGGAUAUCUCAGCACCUUUCCCAGUUGUAUGCAUAUUCUGUCUGAAGAAACCUGUUUUCAAAGAUGGCUAACUGUGGAAAGAAAAUUUGCUCUUCAAAAGAUGGACUCUAUACUUUCAUCUGAAGCUGCCUGGGUAUCACAAUAUAAAGAUAUCACUGAUGUAGAUGAAAUGAAAGUCCCAGAUUGUGCUGAAACUUUUACGACUCUGUUACAGGUUAUUACAGACAGGUAUAAGAACCUUCCUAUGGCAUCUAGAAAACUACAAUUCUUAGAGUUACAAAAAGACCUAGUUGAUGACUUCAGAAUACGGUUAACUCAAGUUAUGAAGGAAGAGACUAGAGCUUCGUUAGCCUUCCGUUAUUGUGCCAUUCUUAAUGCGGUUAACUACAUCGCAACAGUAUUAGCUGACUGGGCUGACAAUGUUUUCUUCUUAGAGCUUCAGCAGGCUGCGCUGGAAGUUUGUGCAGACAGUAGUGCUCUCAGUAAGCUACAGCUAGGACAGCUAGCUUGUAUGGAAAGCUCUGUCUUUGAUGACAUGAUUAACCUCCUAGAACGUCUAAAACAUGACAUGUUAACCCGCCAAGUAGAUCAUGUCUUCAGGGAAGUCAAAGAUGCUGCAAAGCUUUACAAAAAAGAAAGGUGGUUAUCUUUGCCAUCCCAGGCGGAGCAGGCAGUAAUGUCCUUAUCCAGUACAGCUUGCCCAUUGUUGUUGACAUUAAGAGAUCGUUUGCUACAGUUAGAACAGCAGCUCUGCUACUCAUUAUUUAAAAUCUCCUGGCAAAUUCUUGCAGAGAAAGUGGAUAUGUUCAUCUAUCAAGAGGUAAUUCUGGCUAAUCACUUUAAUGAAGGAGGAGCAGCACAACUUCAGUUUGACAUGACUAGGAAUCUUUUCCCUUUAUUUUCCCACUACUGCAAAAGACCAGAAAAUUAUUUCAAACACAUAAAAGAAGCCUGCAUCAUCUUGAAUCUAAAUGUUGGCUCUGCCCUACUUUUGAAAGAUGCACUACAUUCAGCCUCAGAAAAUGGAACCAUCUUGGAUCCAAACCAGCCCUCUGCCACAGCAGUGUUAAAUGAACUUGGAGUUUACAAAUUAGCUCAACAAGAUGUUGAGAUUCUACUUAAUUUGAGAGCAAACUGGCCUAAUACAGGAAAAUAAGUGAAGAUCUUCUAGGAAAAUGGUUAGAAUUAAAAUAUCUGUUCUAGGUUAUUUAUCUGAAUAAAAGUGAAGUAAAGCUAUUACAUUAGUACACUUUUGUAUAUUCUUAAAAAAAACCACCAAACCGCUAGUGCGCUUUGUAAAAUAUUGACUUGAUCUAGCCUUAUGCCUUAAUCAUUUAUAAUUCAGAUUAUACUUUAUACAUAACCAUUUAAAAUCAGUUGAGAUACUGAACUAGUUUCUAACAUGGUAUAAUUUAAUCAGAUCUGUUUAUCUAACUGCAUAUUUUGUAACUACCCCCAACCUAGAGGCAUGUAGAGAACAACAAACUCAGAUCUAGAGUUGAGAUUGUAUUUCUUGUUAAAUAGUGCUCUGCUUAGUCAAUAAUGGCUGUAAGAUAGUGGUUCUGCUGCAGAAACAUUUAUGGUUUAGUGAGUAAUAUGGAGUAAACUCUGUGCAUAUAUCCAUGUUCCCUCUGAUUUUUCAACCCCUGUGCAGAAUGAAUUUUGUUAUGUGCACCAAUAUUGAAGUAAUGUGCAGAUGUUUACCACCAAUAGAAACAAAAAAAACCUUAGCUAUAAUAUAUAUUUUUAAAAAGUUACCAUAGGGAUAAUUACUCUACUUAAGACAUGUUAGCAUUUUAAAACUCACUAAAGGAUUAAAUUUAUGCAUAAGAGAAAUGAAAAAGCAUGACUUAACACGAAAAGAAAAAUGAUAGCUUAUUCCCCAUCAAAAUAAAUAACUCACUCCUAUGAAGGAGCAGCAUAUUGAAAGGCUGUGUUUAAAUUAAAAAAUCAGCAGUCAAUUAAAUUGUCCAAGACAGAAAGCAAGAUCAACCACUUGCCCAUAUUGCCCCAACCGAUAAAAAUGAAAAGCAGGUUCAGAAUCUGUUUAUUCAAACAGAACAACAACAGAGCUAUUGCAUUCAAUAAUAAAUGCUAAAAGCUCCUGUCAUGGCUCCUUCCCCAUUCUGGCAUGAUAAAUGCAGAAAUGGGGGCCAGCAAGUGUACCCCAAAGCCUGAUCUACCAGGCUUUGGUAUAA